CCUCCACAGAUUAAAGAGGAACAGGAGGAACUCUGCAGCAGUCAGGAGGGAGAGCAGCUUGGACUGAAGCAGGAGCCCGGUCCCUUUAUGUUGACUCCUACUUAUGAGGAAAGGGACCACAGUGAAGCAGAACCAUCCAGUGACCAGCAGCUCCUCUGUCACAGCUCCACUGUAGCUGAGAGCCAGGAUCAGGAAGGAAGCCAGCAUGGAGACUCUGGAUCAGCUAGUAAUGCAGAGCCAAAGCCAAAGAGGAGAUGUCACAAAGACACAAGUCACAGUAGCAGUGUGGGCACCUCUCCCCUGUUACAGACUCACUCUGAUCCUCCCACAGAUAGAAAGUCUUUAAAGUGUGACACUUGUGGGGAAACGUUUAGGUACAAUUCCUGUUUUAAUAGACAUCUUAGAAGCCACAAAGAGGAGAAUCAGUAUUGUUGUGAAACGUGUAAGAAAAUUUUCAGAUACAACAGUGUCUUUUUGAUCCACAUGAGAACCCACACAGGUGAGAAGCCAUAUGUUUGCAAGACGUGUGGGAAAGCAUUCAAGCAGUCAUCACAUUUGGAUGGUCAUUUGAGAAUCCACACAGGGGAGAGGCCGUAUGUUUGCAAGACAUGUGGGAAAAGAUUCAGUCAGUCAUCAUCUUUGAAUGUUCAUUUAAAGAUCCACACAGGUGACAGGCCGUAUUGUUGUCAAACCUGUGGAAAAAGUUUCACACGAAGUACUGACCUUGUGGUCCAUAUGAGAGGUCACACAGGUGAGAGGCCGUAUGUUUGUAACCCCUGUGGGAAAGGCUUUCGGCAGUCCUCAGACUUGAAAGUUCAUUUAAGAACCCACAAAGAGCUGCCACAGCAACAUGUCUGUAAGAAGGAGGAGGUUCUUGAUGACCAGCAGCUCUGGAACCAGGAGAGGAACUCCAGUCUGGACCAAGAGGACCCAGAGCCUCCACAGAUUAAAGAGGAACAGGAGGAGCUCUGCAACACUGAGAGCCAGGAUCAGGAAGGAAGCCAGCAUGGAGACUCAGGAUCAGCCAGUCACAGUAGCAAUGUGGACAACUCUCCCCUGUCAGAGACUCAGUCUAAACCUCCCACAGCUAUGAUGUUGAUCAUCAUCAAUAUUGAACUUGAAGAUGACACUGUCACGUUGGUAAUACUUUGA